AGACACUAACCCUUCUGCCCGACAGCGUUUGUCUAAAACAGACUCCAGAGUGGGGUGCAAAGGAGACUCCUCCACCUGCCCUUGAGGUCUCCACCGCGCACACUGGUCCCAACGCAAAAAGCUCACACGAUCGUCGAUGAUAACUUGAUCCCCGCCACCGUUUCCCGAUCUCUCUCCCUUCUCUCGCCUCGAAGAUGUCACAACCACCACAUAUGUCGCUGGAAGCGGCACUCGACGAGGAACGGCGGGAAAUCCUAGACAUUCUCGAAGGCCGGAAACAUGCGCAGCAACAAGCUCCACGUCCUGGCCGUCGCGCCAGCCCCGCGCCUCCUGUGCGAAGCAUGUUGGAUAUUGCUCCCGAUUCUGGAGCGCAACGACAUGGCUCGAUCGCUGGCAUUGGUGUAGGUGUAACGCAACCUCCCAACAGAUCGACGGCCAAGCCCGGCACAGGUGUACGCAGCAUGUUGGACCCAAUUGCGCCCUCUCCCUUAAGAUUGACCCAAAGUGCUACAUCCUCUCCGACCACAGACACCGCACCUUCACAGGAGACACCUGAAGGCCACCGCCGUGCGUCGGAUGCAUCGUCAAAGGGCCUUCCCGAGAUAAAAAAGAGGCAUGGUGUAGACCCGCAGCAAGACUACCAGUUUGAGAUGCUCCCUAGCAUCCCCAAUUACGCCCUACCGAAACGAGUCACACAGGGUGGGAAAUUGGGCCAUCAUAACAAUACGACGCACAAGAAUUCUAUGGCUGCGGUCAUGUCUGGUGCAGAUUUCGGUCCGUUUCCCGGUGCUCCAAGAGGUAGACAAACAGGAAGACAUCCCUCUCUACCGGGCCAGUCAAGAUCCCCAUCUUCACGACUCGGACGGUCGCAGUCACCCGGCACGAGACUGCUCAAUACAAAUUCCAUGAAUUUGAUGAGUACUCCCGGCAAAUUUGUGACCGAUUCUGGGAAGGUCAUCAACAUGGAUCACGCGUAUAGACGACUGUCGGCCGCUGCGCUGUCCAGAUCAGGCGGAAGUCUGGCUAACUAUCCUGGGAAAGCGGCGCCCAAGCAGGCUGAUGGUGUUGACGGAACAGCGGAGGGGGAUGUCCGGCUUCAGAAGGAUUACUAUUCCGAUACACUGGAUGGUGGGUUUAGUGAAGAUUAUACAAGUGAGGAAGAUGUCGGUGAUACUAGCUCGGGAGAGGAUGCAUGGAAAUCUGAAAUUCAUCGGGGCCGGAGACGGACUAGGAAGAGGGCGGACGCAGACGGGCCUGGACAAGGCAGCAGUAAUAGCGGGGGCCCUAGGAAAAUCCGAAACUUACUCGAUGCUGCGGAGGAAGAGCGUAUGUUUGCUCCUUUUACCCGAACUUCAUUUGAGAUGAAGCGAGUUUGCUCACUCACCUUAGGCGCCAAAGUAUCAUCUUCCUACAAGGUCAAAUCGUUGCUUGAUCCUGUCGCGCCGCGCACUACGAAAGCAGCUUCAGAGAAACCGAUUCACAAGAGGACCGGUGUCCACCCGAAUACUAGCUUCGAUAUCACUGCCUCCACAGGCAAUACCCCGGCAGGCUCAGAAGAUGAAGCUGAAUUCUCGGAUAUCAAAAAGGCACAGAACCUCAGCGUCUACAUGUCUCCCGUGGACCAAUCAGUUCCGAAUAGAGUGAUUCGAACUGUCAUUCGUGGUGAUUUUACUAAACUUCAAGAGGAAGGCGACCGGGGUCAACGUCGGUUGCGGAAAUAUCUUGUUGCCACGGAUCUGAGCGAGGAAUCCACAUACGCCCUUGAAUGGACCAUCGGCACGAUUCUUCGUGAUGGAGAUACAAUGUACGCAGUGUACGCUGUCGAAGAUGAAUCAGGAUCAAGCAAGACCACUGGCGACGCGGAUAGCACAUCCUCGGUGCAUAUCAACGACGGAGCCAAAGCGAUGUUGGACAUCACUACGACCGUCGGGUCGCAGACAGAGAAGACGUUAGGCGAUCCGAAUCGAGCAUCCGCUCACUCGUCACCCCGCGGAUCUUCCACUUAUCUGAUACCCGAGAGCAAGAGUGGUUCUAUCGACUCGCGCGGCACCACGAAGAACGAAGCAGACAGACUUCAUGCGAUCGAUCUCCUCACGCAGACCGUUGUCAGGUUGUUGCGGAAGACGAGACUGCAGGUCCGGGUCGCGAUUGAGAUUAUUCAUUGCAAGAGCCCAAAGCAUUUGAUAACGGAGGCGGUGAGUACAUUUUCACGUGUUGGCCUCCUCGGCAUCAUCCUGGCGGCCUCAGACUCUCGGCUUCGAACUAACCGAGUGAUACAGAUCGACGCUCUCGAACCCACCUUGGUCGUUCUAGGCUCGCGUGGACGCAGUGCUCUUAAAGGGGUCCUCCUCGGCUCGUUCUCCAACUACAUCGUAACCAAGUCGUCUGUUCCAGUGAUGGUUGCACGAAAGAAGCUCCGCAAGCAUGCGAAAUACAAGAACACUCACGUUCGAUUUUCUAAUAAUCUCACUGCCCCGAAAAAGCUUGCUUUUGCAAAAGUAGACUGAUGCUCUAUGAUGUUACCUUUUGGGGAGGAUUUCUCCACGUAUUGCUUUUUACAGAGGAUUAAUUUCUCCUGGGAUGCUUAAUUCAUAAUUAGCAGGUGUUCUAAGAGGGUAAAGUUUCAACUCUGCGGCCUGAUUUUGUUUCCUAUGACGCCGGAGUUCAUUGCGUUUGGUCGUCAUUCCGGCUGUAUGUUUGAUUACUCUUCUCCUUUCUCGUCCUUUGCAUUUUCCUAUUCUUCCUUCCCCCCUUCUUUUUUUCCCCUCUUUCAUUAUUGAAAUGUUGCUAUGAUGGAAUACGAACUGCUCCAAGUGAUGAAGGUGGGCGGGAGAGGCGUUGAUGCCGUGGAGUUUGAAGCCUGGGAUUCGAUAUUCUUAGUCUUUUCUGGAAGAUGCAUGACGACCGGCGUGGUUCUCGGAUGUUUAUUAUUCGACAUACAUAUGUAGA